AUGAUAAGUCGACACAGCAUAAGUUCUCUUCUCAAACGUCUGGAGCUAGUGAGGCAUUAUGAAGGAUAUCAAAACUGUUCGAAAACGGAUCACGUUUCAAUUAGGAGUUGGACAACGCAUUGGAAUCCCUGA